ACUGAAGCUACACUCCAUACAUGAUCAUCCAACCCAGAGAGUAGGUUGGUCUGUGUUCCUUGUCGCAGCAUCGCCAUUUGGAUUAAUUCAUUCAACAUGUUUCCUCUUGAUGAGAUGAAGACAGAGUGCUAUUGCUCGGGUUCCCAAGAUCAACACCAUCACACCAUCCUAUACAGUAUCCUCAGCCAGAAGGACAGCAGUUACCUGAACAACAACAACAACCUGAACAACUAUGCCAUGCCACACAACUGCCACUGUGAGCAGAGGAAGGCAGUUUGCCUGAAGAACCCUGACGGUGCCUGUCAAAUUGCAUCUGAUGUUCUGGUCAAAACUGUGCGGUUCAUGAAAAGUUUGCCAUCUUUCAGUCAGUUACCCUCAGAAGACCAGCUAGCACUGCUAAGGGACUCCUGGGCUCCCCUCUUUCUUCUGGGGCUGGCCCAGGAGAGGAUGGUCUUCGAGGUGGCUGAAUUACCAGAUUCCAGCAAGCUGCGGAGGAUUCUGCUCAGCGGUCAGGGCCAGAGUCGUGAAGAGGAGGAUGAAAGGAGGUGCCUGCCUACCCUUGCUGGGGUGCACAAACUCAGAUGCUGCUUAGACAAGCUCUUGGAUCUGGGUCUCAGUCCAAAAGAAUACGCUUAUCUAAAGGGAACGUUGUUGUUUAAUCCAGAUGUACAAGGACUUGGUGUCUCUUCACAUAUUGAAAGUCUACAACAAGAAGCCCAGAAAGCUCUCCAAGAGGUAAUACUAAAUGAUCAACAGGGAAAGGACCGCUUUAGACGUAUUCUUCUAGUAGCCUCAACCACACAGACUGUCAGUCAAAACCUUCUAACAGAACUGUUCUUCAGACCUGUCAUCGGCCAGGAAGACCUGUUUGAGUUGUUAAAUGAGAUGCUUUUCAUGAGACAAGAAUAUAGCUGAACACAAACUUUUAAG